CCCCUGCCGCGGCAGUGACUUCUCUCUGUAGACAAUAACCCACGGGCUCUUUUCACGUCAUCCUUUUCUACUAAGGCAAGCCCUCGAGGUCAACAGUCUCUUCGUUUAUUACACAUCUCUUGGAUCAAGUGAACAAUCAAGAUGCAUGUCUUCAAGCUGAUUCUGCCGAUAAUCUUAUCGGUUGGGGUCGCCCAUGCCAGUGGCACCACGUGCAGCAACGGCCUCUCCGGGCUUGAGAAAGGCGGUGUAUGCUGUCCCGUUGAAUGUGGGACCUGCGGCGGAACUGGCUGUGGGUCACGGCCAGGCCUCACCAAGUACGACUGCUGCACAUCCACCAUCAAAGAGGACAACCAUUUGUGCUCGGUUACAAAGGAGGCUCCGUGCGUCAUCGACGAGGAGACGGAGGCCGACCCCACCUGCAGCAACGGCGUGGCCAAGGGCGAUAUCUGCUGUUCGGCAGGUUGCGGCUACUGUGGCGGCACCGGUUGCGCUGGGCGCGGCGGUCUAAGCGGAGACGAGUGCUGCACCAGCAAGAUCGCGGCGGCCAACAAAUCUUGCGACGACCAGUCUGCCCCGUGCGUCAUGAGCGGCAACAGCGAUGGUAGCGACACGACCGACAAUACAACCGGCACAACCACUACUACCACAACCGUCUCAACCAGUGGCACGUCGUCGGUCGCCUCCACGGCCACAUCGUGUGGCGGAGUUGCCAAGGGUGCCUACUGCUGCAAUGCCGGUUGCGGCACCUGCGGCGGUACUGGGUGCGGCAUGAGAGGCGACGGGUGCUGCACGAGCGACGCCGCGCUUAGCCUGUGCUCCGUCACCGGAAUGUCUCCGUGCCUGAUGGAUUGUUGCGGCACCUGCGGCGGUACUGGAUGCGGCAUGAGAGGCGAAGGGUGCUGCACAAGCGACGCCGCGCUUAGCCUGUGCGCUGUCACCGGAAUGUCUCCGUGCCUGAUGGAUUACACCACAACUACCACGGACACGACCAGCGGCACCUCAGUGGCAGAUGCGACGGCGACAUCGUGUGACGGAGUUUCCAAGGGCGCCUACUGCUGCAACGCAGGCUGCGGCACCUGCGGCGGUACUGGAUGCGGCACGAGGGGCGAGGGGUGCUGCGCAAGCGACGCCGCGCUUAGCCUGUGCUCCGCCACCGGCAUGUCCCCGUGCCUCAUGGAAAGUGCGUCAACGACGACCACCACGACCGUCGAUGGGACGACCACCACCACCACCGGCGGCACGACGUUCACCUCCACCUGCACCGACUACAGCAAAUCCACCGUCACAAUCGAAAUCAAGAAAAACGUCGAAACUAGCGAGAAGAAGAACGGAGGGAAGAACUACAUCAGGGGAGGGGGAUGCGCCACCCUAACCGACAUCUACACCGCCCAGGGCGGGCACAACGACGACGGCCCCCUGUUCGUGCUCGACUCGAACGACAAUGUUGUGGGCGGAAGCCCUACCGGGUACUGGUUGCUGAUGAGGGACAUUCAUGUCGAAGAGGGCUCAUUGCUUCAGGUGCACGGGCCGGACGCUGGCGGAGACGCCAGAGUUCUUCGGAUCCAGUCCACCGGAUCGAGGGACUACUACGAGAUUCGCGGCCACGGCGGCAGCCUGUCUUUCAUGGACACCAAGGUCACAUCCUGGGACACCGAUGAGAAGAAGGUGAACACCAACUAUAAAAAGGAGAGGUCCUUCAUCAGGUGUGUCAGCGAGGAGCUUGCGGACAAGCCGGACACGUGCGACGGGCAUGCAGUGAACCACAUGGGGGAGUGCAGGAUGGAUAUCAUCAGAUCUGAAAUGGGGGAAAUGGGUUACGACGCCGCCGAGAGCUACGGUAUCUCUUGGAAAGUCCGCGGGUACUGCUCCGAGGACCCCAACCCGGAAGUCUUCGAGCGCACCCGGGUCCGCGGUGACAUCAUCGACUCGGAUAUCUACGGCAUGUACUACGGCCACUACUCCUUCGGCCAUGACGGAGGAAUAUGGACUGGGAACAAGAUGCACGACAACGCACAGUACGGCUUCGACCCCCACGACGACUCCGACAACUUGGAGAUCGCCUACAACACUGUCUGGGGGAACGGAAACCACGGCAUCAUCGCCUCCAAGCGCUGCAACAACGUCAAGAUCCACCACAACACCGUUUACGAUGGGGGGGAAGGCGCGGUCGGCAUUUUCCUCCACCGAAGCUCCGACGACUGUGAAGUCUGGGGCAACACUGUCUACGACAUGAAGGAUGCAGGCAUGGCCAUCAUGGAGUCGAUGGGCGCUCAUAUCCACGACAACACUUUCACUAACGUCAAAUACGGCAUCCGACUCUCUGUCGGUGCUGCGCGCAACAUUGUGGAGAACAACAGUUUCUUGGAAUGCGACCAAUACGGCAUCUACACGUACCAAGGAAACGACAAACCCGAGGCCUCCAAAGACUGGGACGGACUGUUGGUGGACAACACCUUCCAUGCCAACACUGUUGAGGGCGGCGUCAAGAUCCAGAAGGCCGAGGGAAUCGUCUUUACCGACAACAACUUCUACGAGCACAGCAGCGGCGAGGAGUACCGAUUCGAGGAUUGUGAAGACGUUGUCUGGACAAACAACCGGGUCCCCGAUGAUAUCUGCCUCAAGGGGGACAAGAACAUCGACUACAUGAAAAGCUACGAUAGCCUGCCCGACUUGUGUUAAUUUUUUUCGGGGAGGGGCUCUCUAGUCUUCUCUGUCCCACGUUGUGUGAGUAGUAAAUAAACAGAAACGUUCUGCCCAGCGGAAAAUUGAGGCCAUCGGGUUGUUUCGAUUUGUUGCGUAGGAUCCCAUAAGGACGCCUGCACUGGUCCGGAUGGUGGGGUGUCGGUCGUAUUUCAUCUACAGGCAGUAGUAUGUGUGCCUACCCUCCAGUUUGGGCUCAUCCUUAGUAUCAUGGCCAUUGGGAGGGCCUCAAAUCUGGCGUAGGAAGUUGGAUGAACAUAUAUGUCAAGCGGCUAUAGAGGGGAACAUAGAAGGGAUGUAGUUUAUGAUUAAAGGAUUUCCUACAUCAUGUGCAUUAAAAUCCAGGGGGGGAGUCUUGUAGGGGUGAUGGUCGAUGUGUACAAUGACCAGAUUUCGGGAAACACCUUGCGAGGGAGUGCGAGGUACUGUGCUCGGAUUGGACGCGAGAUAGCCGAUACCUCACUAAAAUGUUUCGUGUUUGCUGGCCUUUGCGUGCGUCGAUGAGUUGCGUUUGUUGGGUAAAAACUCAUCGGAGGAACAGCGGGAAACAACAACAACUAACUCCGGAAACAAUUGUUUAGUAUGUAGGCAAUGUUGUUUUUGACGAACAACGAGAGAGCUCUGCAACACGUUGUUGUGCUCAGUCCGGUCAACUAAAUGUUCCUAUGGCUACACGAACGUGUUUUUAGGGGACAAAAGUUGCAUGUUUUUUGGGGGCUCUUCCUUAAAACUGCAGACUAUAGUCUAUUCCCACGAUAAAUUAUUUGUGUGGACCUUUUUGCGAGUAGUCUUGUUGGCUGUGCCAAGGCACCCCCAGCCGUAAAAGCAAGCCGCCUAGACUAUUUUCUAUAGAUAGCGAUGGAUUCGUUGUGCCAUGCAUACUAAGAAUGUCAUAAAUGCAAGCCUUGCCUAGCAGAUCGUGACAAGCAAAGAGACGUGUGUGUGAAAAAAACAUUUUGUCGAUAAUGUAG